GUCCAUUUCACUGACUGUGAGAAGCUGGAAAUGUCCCAGUGACCCUGUAACUGCUGGGAAGUUUCUCCUGGGCUCAUGAGUUACAAUGAAGAUGAGAAUUUCCUUCCACUCGCAUUGUGCCAUGGGCAACCCCUCUCUGUCCAGUUACCCCCUUUUCUUUUUUACGGUCCAUGUUUCUACAUUGGAAUCAGUGAAUUUCAAGGUGAUUGGACCUGAUCAUCCCAUCAUGGCCUCUGCAGGUGAAGAUGCCCUGUUACCCUGUCACCUCUUCCGUAACACAAGUGCUCAGAAGAUGGAGGUGCGCUGGUACCGAUCCAAGUUCUCUGAACCUAUCCAUCUGUAUCAGAAUGAAAAAGAUCAGGCUGAGCAGCAAAUACCAAAUUAUCAGGGCAGAACAGAGCUGCUGAAGGAUGGUAUUGUGAAUGGAAGCGUUGUCCUGCGUAUACGCAACAUCACCCCCUCUGACCAUGGGCAGUUUAUCUGUUUCUUCCGAUCAAGCAGAUUUUAUGCGGAAGCCACUCUGGAACUGAAGGUGACAGAAUGCAUAUCACCAAGUUAUACUACAGGAGGACAGAGAGAUCUCACAGCAUUAUUACACUUGAGGAUCUAUUCCACUUGAAACAUGCACCAUACGGACUUGUAUUGGCACCCAGCAUUUUCCAAAGAAUAAUGUCAGUGAUUCUGAAGAAUCAGCCUGGAGUCCAGUAUUAUUUGGAUGAAAUUAUUGUGUUUGGGAAGACUUGCGAGGAACAUGAAAAACAUUUCCAUGCAGUACUAAAUAGGGUGACCAGACAGCAAGUGUGAAAAAUCAGGACAGGGGAUGGGGGUUAAUAGGAGCCUAUAUAAGAAAAAGACCCCAAAAUCGGGACGGUCCCUAUAAAAUCGGGACAUCUGGUCACCCUAGUACUAAACCACAUCAAAACUGCAGGGCUGAAACUGAAUUUCGCCAAAUGCCAAUUCUGACAAACAGAGUUGUUAUUUCUGGGGCACAUAAUUUUGGAGACUGGAUUGAAACCUGACCUGGACCACAUCAUGGUGGUUAAAAAACACCACCUCCAAGAGACACACAAACCUUACAUGCUUUCUUAGUUUUUAUGUCAUGGUAUGCCAAGUUUAUUCUGAACAACACUUCAGUCACCGUUACAAACAUACUCCAGGGAAUCUCGAGCUUGGCCUGGAUGACUGUUGCACAAGUUGUUUUGAAACAGUGAAAGAUUUGAUUGAAAAUAGUCCAGCACUUGCAUUGUUUGACCCUGCCUCAGACUACAGACUGUGAGCAACACUUACUCAAAUCCAGGAUGACAACAUGGAGGACACUGUUGCAUUUGCUUGAAGAACACUUACAGAAGCUGAGAGGAAGUAUUCAUCUGUUGAAAAGAAAGCACUUGCUUGCUAUGGACUAUGGAAAAAUGGAGAACUUAGCUCUGGGGCCAGACUUUCAAGUCGCAUACAGAUCAUAGCUCUUUGACGACACUGUUAACUUCUAAAGGACUUGGAUGAGUGGGAGGCCAGAUUGCUAGAUGGUCAGCAGACUACUGUCUUUCAUGUAUGUCACAGAAUAAAGGCUGGGAAUUCAAAAUGUGAUGCUUGUCCUGCCUGCCCUUGCCGACAGAUGGUGACAAUGUAGUUGCACUUAUAGCAGGCACCCCCACAUCCGUUACACAAGAAUAAUUCAAAGCUGCUUACUUAGCAUGCCCCAUUCAACAAAGAUUGCAGGAACAGCUGAUAACAAAAUGGCUACACAACCCCAAAUGCUUGAUCCAGCUUUGCCCCUGUCAAGGCUGUAUCCCCACUUUGAACUUUAGGGUACAAAUGUAGGGGCCUGCAUGAAAACUUCUAAGCUUAACUACCAGCUUAGCUCUGGUCCGCUGCCACCAUUUCCCAAUUGGAUUCCCUCCCUGGGAAGCCUUGAGAAACCUUUCACCAAUUCUCUGGUGAAUACAGAUCCAAACCCCUUGGAUCUUAAAACAAGGAGAAAUUAACCAUCCCCCCUCCUUCCUCCCACCAACUCCGGGUGAAUACAGAUUCAACACCUUGGAUCUAAAACAAGGAGAAAUUAACCAUUCCCCCUCCUUUCUUUCACCAACUCCUGGUGAAUACAGAUCCAACCCCCUUGGAUCUAAAACAAGGAGAGAUUAACCAUUCCCUCUCCUUCCUUUCACCAACUCCUGGUGAAUACAGAUCCAACCCCCUUGGA